AUGGAGCGCUAUGAGAUUCUUAAAGAUAUUGGCUCUGGGAAUUUUGCUGUGGCCAAACUGGUUAGGGACAACUGCACCAAUGAGCUUUUUGCUGUCAAGUUUAUUGAGAGAGGCCUGAAGAUUGACGAGCAUGUCCAGAGGGAAAUCAUGAACCAUAGAUCAUUGAAGCAUCCCAAUAUUAUUAGAUUCAAAGAGGUCCAGCUGACACCAACACAUCUAGCAAUAGUAAUGGAGUAUGCUUCUGGAGGAGAACUAUUUGAGAGGAUAUGCACUGCUGGUAGAUUCAGUGAGGAUGAGGCGAGGUUUUUCUUUCAGCAAUUGAUAUCUGGAGUCAGUUACUGUCAUUCAAUGCAAAUUUGUCAUAGAGAUCUGAAGCUUGAAAAUACACUGUUAGAUGGAAGCACUGCACCGCGAGUUAAAAUUUGUGACUUUGGUUACUCAAAGUCAUCAGUAUUGCAUUCACAACCUAAGUCUACGGUAGGAACUCCAGCUUAUAUUGCACCUGAGGUUCUUACAAGGAAGGAGUAUGAUGGAAAGAUUGCAGAUGUAUGGUCUUGUGGAGUCACCUUAUAUGUGAUGUUAGUUGGGGCUUAUCCUUUUGAAGACCCUGCAGACCCAAGAAACUUCAAAAAAACCAUUGGUAAGAUACUUAGUGUCCAGUACUCGGUCCCCGAUUAUGUACGAGUUUCCAUGGAAUGUAGACAUCUUCUAUCACAAAUAUUUGUGGCAAGUCCUGAAAAGAGAGUAACAAUACCAGAAAUUAAAAAUCAUCCAUGGUUUUUAAGGAACUUACCCAUAGAACUGAUGGAAAGUGGAAGCUGGCAAAUAAAUAACCCAUCACAAAGUGUUGACGAAGUCCUGUCUAUAGUACAAGAGGCAAGAAAAUCUCUUAAGAUUCCCAUUGUUGGUGGCCUUCUUACUGGGGGCAGCAUGGACCUGGAUGACUUGGAUGCUGAUGAAGAAGAUCUUGAAGAUGUAGAAACAAGUGGAGAAUUUGUGUGUCCUCUUUAA